GCUGACGCCGUCGUCAAACAACGCAGGCCUGUACAGCUGAUACGGAGCGCCGUGAAAGAUUUUUACACUCCAAGCAAACUUUUUAUACCAAGGAAAGACUGAGGAGAAUUUCGGAACAGCAGCCACCAUGUCGAGACCCGAUUUGAACGGAACUUGGAACCAAGUUAAAAACGAGAACUUCGAUGCGUACAUGAGAGCAUUGGACGUGGGUUUUGCGACCAGGAAGAUCGGCAACAUGCUGAGUCCCCAGAAGGUGAUCAGCCAAGAUGGCGACCACAUGAACAUCAAGACGCUCAGCACCUUCAAGAACCACGAGAUUGACUUCAACCUCGGGCAGGAGUUCGAGGAACACACGCUGGACGGCAGGACGGUCAAGACCACCAUCACCUGGGACGGGGAGAAGCUGUGUGCAGACCAGAAGGGAGAGAAGUCUGACCGCGGCUGGUGUCACACACUGGUGGACGGAAAACUUCACCUGGACCUUCAUGUCGGUGACGUCCGCUGUCAUCAGGAGUUCAAGAAAGAGUCUUAAUAUUCGUCUUUAAGGAAAUGAAGAUGCCAUGUUUUCUUUUAAAUCUACCAGCGUAACUAAGUUUAAUUACCAAAUUAGUUCAAUCAAUACAGAUAAUUUGCUUGUUGUGACGGUUGUGUAAAAAUUUGAUGUAAACUUUUGCCGUGUAAGGAAACUGAUUUAAAAAUGUGAAUAGGUGUAAAACCG